AUAAUUAACUAUAACUUUUGUGACCAGGGACUAAGACAGGUUCCAAAAACCGCGUCUGCUUGUACUAUUUAUACAACAACAGCGCUUUCCCCACAUCUUAAAGUGUAAUAAACAUUUUCGCUAAGGCAUUCUUUGGGAUCUGGAACAAAAGGCUGAUGCGUUAAUUUCCGUAGUUUUGAGACGCCAGUUUUCUAAAGUGUCUUAGCCGGAUAUUGGCAAAGAAACAAGUAGGCCUACCUUGAUUGGAGGGUGAAGAAAAUAACAGGUGUGCAGGCCUCCUACAGCCGUGGGGGGGCAGCACGGAAGCACAGGGCCUCUGCCAGAGGGUGUCACAGCUCUGGCACCCUUGUGACAGUAAUGGAUGCCUUUGAGGGGAUCCACUCUGUCCAGCUAUCUCCCUCCCUCAAGCCAGCCGUUUCAUCUGGCCCAGGGUACAAGGUCCUGGUGACGGGAAACUCGGGCAUAGCUGUGUACUCGUCGCCAACCUUCUUUGGCCAGCUGAACACCUCAGGACCUCAAGCAGAGGAAUCCCGCCCAAGUACUCAGGAAGAGGGAUGUGCAGUGGGAAGGUUGAUAGAUCUGGAGCCAGAGUCGGAGCCGGGGACAGGCCCAAGCCGCACAGGCACUGGGCAGGCUGUGUCGAUGCCGCUGGCCGAGCGGGGGGCCGAUGGCGGGAAGCGGGAGCAGUACAACCUGUCCCGCUUGAGGAGCUCCUCCUUGGAGAUUAAGGAGAAGGGCUCGGAGUUCCUGAAGGAGCAGCUGGACACUGCCCAAAGGGAGUUGCAGCUGAAGGACAAGGAAUGCGAGCGCCUGUCUCGGGUUCGAGACCAGCUGGAGCAGGAGCUGGAAGAGCUGACAGCCAGCCUGUUUGAGGAAGCCCACAAGAUGGUGCGUGAAGCCAACGUUAAGCAGGCAGCUGCGGAGAAGCAGCUGAAGGAAGCACAGGGCAAGAUUGAUGUUCUCCAGGCGGAGGUGACUGCUUUGAAGACUCUGGUACUUACCUCAACCCCCUCCUCACCCAACCGCCAGAUGCACCCCCAGCUAAUGUCCCCAGGGUUGGGGAGCAAAAGGGGAACUCCCCGCAGAGGGGGGGGGCACUUUCGCAACAAGAGUGCCAGUGGGUCACUGGCUUUGGAUGUUCCGUCCCCGGACCGGACCACCACACCUACAAACCCUGUGUUCCAGGAGGGUCGUGAGAUAGACUCCUCUCUGUAUGCAGAGUUUCUGACUUGGCGGGAGGCGCCGAGUCUGAACUGCACCUCUGCCUUCUUGAGCCGCGUUUAUAAAGAGGACAUCAGGCCCUGCUUGUCAUUUACCUGCUCUGAGCCUAUAGGCAAGAGGGACGAGUCACCCUCCAACAAAGCGGAAAUCUGGUUGUGUGUAGCUGAGGAGGCCUCUUCUCCCGUAGCUCUCUCAGGCGGUCCAGGCGGCCGUGGAGAACAAUUCUCUGACCAUAGAGCCGGUGGCCGCAGCUGCCCUUCCUGUGGUGAAGGCGUCGGCUUCGGAGCGCAGCGGACCCAAUGGCUGGCGUGCGGCAGUGGAGACGAAAUGUGCCCUUACUGGUAUUUCUCGAGUCUGCCAGCAUCGAAUCAAACUAGGGGACAAAGGAAUGUACUACUACAUUUCGCCCUCCAGCCGCGCGCGGAUCACGGCUGUGUGCAAUUUCUUCACCUACAUCCGCUACAUUCAGCAGGGCCUGGUCAGACAGGGUGCUGAGCAGACCUUCUGGGAGGUGAUGCGUCUGCGGCGGGAGAUGGCCGCGGCCAGGCUGGGCUACUUCACCGCUGACGAGAGUUAGAAGAUGCCUGUUCCGGGCGGAUGAGCAGCACAGUUGAGGGAGUCCCGCCGAUAAGGCUCCACUGAUCCCAGUUCAGAGCUCAGCAGGCUGUGCCAGGUGCUCACCUGCUGAUCACAGAACAGAGAUCAGCCAAGGGGACGGGUUGUGGGAGGUGUUAGAGUAAAAGCCGUGGGGGCGACGGGGUUUGCAUGAUGCCCCCUGUCUGUAUCAGCCUGCCAUGGGCUGAAAUGCCACCAUCUGUGCCUUCGUUUGUGCCCCAUAAAUGACAACUAGCCCGUGUAUCAUAUGGCUAUGCAGGAUGUGCCCGGUCUGCGUGCCCGGUCUCCGUGGGGAUCUCCGAUCAUUAGGGGAGCUCUUCAGUACCACUGGGGCGCUGGACAGGAUGCAGGUGAACGUUUGUUUAAACUGCGUAUCCCAGGCCAGGUACAGCUUUCUAUAACGGCCAUUUGGGUUUUGCACUUAGAGACAGAGCCAUUCCGUGGGUCAUCAAACACCAUGCUGCAUAUGAAAUGGCCAUUAUCCAGCAUUGCAUGAUUAGUAUAGUGGUCUAGCAGUCUUUACAUUGGACAAUAUGUAUGUACAAGUUACGUAUUCAUAUUAGAGAAACAUAUUUCCUUAUGCUGGACAAGUUAUCUUUUGUUUUAGUUUCCUGCUCCCCCUCAAAGCCGAUCCUGUAGUUAUAAACAGUAAAACAAG